UGUUGAAAAAGCAACUCAGCACUCUCCAUUGCAGUGUGUAAACCCCUAAGGGGAAUGAGUCUGAUCAUUUUUGAGAACCGGUCCACUACAAUAAAUAUGCAUGUGUUACCUUGUGAUGCCGGGAGGUUCAGGACAAAGUUUUCCAGUUGGAGGAUGACGAGGGGAUUUGGAGAUGGCACAAUCCCUGCAUCCACUCACAAACCUUCUGAUGUCCUGUGCCAUGUUGGGCCAACAGAAGCGGUGUUUGAGCAGUGAGAGGGUUUGCUGGAUGCUGGGGUGACUAGUGUCUACAGAGUUAUGUGCCUUUGUUAUCAACAGAAUCUGAUGGUGUAAUGGUACAUACUUGUGGUUCUCGGGGCAACCCGGUGGAACAUUUUGAAUCUCAGGGGUCGUGUCCUCCUCACUCACUGCGAUGGGACAUACAAAAACACUCUCCGGAAGGAUGGACUCAGGAGGGUGUUGGUCAUCUUCAGAUGAAAACAUUCGAGAGAGAGCAUCAGGCUUGCAAUUCUUAUUACCCGGGCGAUAAGUGGAUCUUGUGAUCAGUCAGCAUGGUGAAGGGAUGACGUGCACCUUCUAGCCAAUGUCUCCAUUCUUCAAGAACCAGUUUUAUGGCGAGAAGUUUACGGUUACCGAUGUCAUAGUUGGCUUCCACCGGGUUGAACUUGUACGAAAAAUAGGCACAUGGAUGAAGAUUGGAUGGGUUCCCCUACUUCUGUGAUAGGACAGCUCCAUCUUUUGUCGACGAAGCAUCAACCUCAACCACAAAAGGUUUUUCUGGAUUUGGGUGAACUAACACAGGUGGCGUACAAAAGGCACUAUUCAGUUGUUGAAAAGCAUGUUCAGCCUCUGAUGACCAGGUGAGGUGUUUGGGUUUACCUUUCAGAGCAGAUGUUAAUGGAGAUAGGAUGGCACUGAAAUUAUGGAUGAAACAGCGAUAGAAGUUUGCAAAUCCAAGAAACUUUUGCAGUUCUUUGAUGGUGGUUGGAGUCGGCCAGUUGGUUAUCAUGUCAACUUUCCUCUCGUCCAUACUCGCACCGUUUUUUGAAAUGUUAUACCCCAGAAAUUGGAUGCUGGCUUGAUGGAAUUUGCACUUUUCUGCUUUUAGGAAAAGAGUCUACUGAUGUAUCUGCUUCAGAACUUCUUUGACAUGAUGUAUGUGUUCAGCAGGGUCACUGGAAUAAAUCAAAAUAUUGUCAAUGUAAAUCAAUGCGUACCGAUUCAGCAGGUCUCGGAAGAUGGCAUGCAUAAAAUCCUGGAAGACUGAGGGGGCGUUGACCGAUCAAUACGGCAUGGAAUGAAUUAGAGCGAAAACUACGAGUGAGGGCUUCUCGUCCAACAUCAGUGUCUGAUCUUACAAAUAUGCUUUAAGAAGAAUGGUCAAAAAUUCCCGUAAACACACUCAUAAACCUUGUAGAAAGACUUCCAAGAAGAGUUGAAGCUUUUAUAGCUGCAAAGGGUGCCGUAUUAAAUCCAUAUUAAACCCUAUGGAUUAAGAAAGGGAUGUCAUUCAGGUUCAUGUGUAUAUAAAUAUGUGCUGAUGUUUAUAAUCAGUAAAUCUGGCCCUUAAUAGAUUAAAAAAUCAUCUGAAUUGAUUCAAUUUCUGUGUUUCUGUCUGCUGCUGUUACAGGUAAAGUAGAAGAACUGCGAGUGAAUGAAGAAGAAUCUGUUAAUCUGAAGGCUGAAGUUAAAGACAUACAGAGAGUUGAUGUGAUAGAGUGGAGAUUUGGAGAUAAAGAAACUCUCAUAGCUCAAAUCAAUCCUGCCAACAAAACCCCCAGUCCAUAUAAUAAAGGUCUAUUCAGAGAUAAACUGAUGCUGAAUCAUCAGACUGGAGAUCUCAACAUCAGUGACAUCAGAUGGGAACACUCUGGAGUUUAUAAACUGAAGAUCACCAGAGAUGGAAAAACAUCAUACAAGACAAUAUCUGUGUCUGUCAGAUGUGAAACAAAAAUACUGAAAGUUGAUGAGGGAGAAUCUGUUGAUCUGAAAAUAAAUGUUAAAGACAUACAGAGAGUUGAGAAGAUAGAGUGGAGAUUUGGAGAAACUCUCAUAGCUGAAAUCAAUCCUGCCAAAAAUAUCUUCAGUACAUAUGAUGGUGAUGAUGAUCUAUUCAGAGAUAAACUGACGCUGAAUGAUCAGACUGGAGAUCUCAACAUCAAUGACAUCAGAGAGAAACACUCUGGAGAUUAUAAACUGAAGAUCAUCAGAGAUGGAGAAACCUCAGACAGGAGAUUCAUUGUGUUUGUCAGAGGUAUCGAGAGAGAAGAUUCAAAGGAGAAUACUGUAAACGUUUCAGAAGAGAAUACUGGAAACGUUUCAGAGAAGAAUACUGUAAACGUUUCUGAUGAGAAUACUGUAAACGUUUCAGAUGAGAAUAAAGGAAAAGAUUCAGAUGAGAAUACUGUAAACAUUUCAGAUGAGAAUACUGUAAACGUUUCUGAUGAGAAUACUGUAAACGUUUCAGAUGAGAAUACUGUAAACGUUUCAGAUGAGAAUAAAGGAAAAGAUUCAGAUGAGAAUACUGUAAACAUUUCAGAUGAGAAUACUGUAAACGUUUCUGAUGAGAAUACUGUAAACGUUUCAGAUGAGAAUAAAGGAAAAGAUUCAGAUGAGAAUACUGUAAACGUUUCAGAUGAGAAUAAAGGAAAAGAUUCACAGACGACAGGAGAAGAUUCAGAGAAGACGACAGGAGAAGAUUCAGAGAAGACGAAAGGAAAAGAUUAAAAGGUUUAAAUGAUGCUCGAUGAAUUUGACUGUCACCUGCAAUAGGCAGUCAACCCUUCGCCGUGAGCUUGAUUGACAUGUGACCAAACCAAUCAUAAUACUGAUAUUAUUGCCAUUCACAACUUUUAUCCAAAAGACAAACCACAGAGUAUAUUUAAACCUUAUGCACGCUACGCAAUUUUAAAUAGUUCUUCGGGAUUGUCUGUCAUCGCAGUACUGUAAACUGAUAUCAGGUCAUUAAAGCAAUGUCACAUCAUGGAGUUGUCAUUCUGACGAUAAAAACUUUAUAGGCUAAAGAAGACUCGUCUGGAGUUAUACCUCAUAGACACAGUGCAGGACUUCAUCCCUAAACAUCUGUUAGUGCCAGAAUUUUAUCAGAGGUUAAAUUUGACCGUAAUGGUCAUGAUCACUGUUUUCCCGUUCCCCAAACCUGUGGUUUCAACACCUACACGUCUAGAGAUUGAUUGAAACAUUGAAACAAGAACUGACAUUAUAGCUAAUCAGCAUUAAGGGGCGUGUCUGCUUACUGACAUUGUUGCCUGGGUUGCAUUUGUGUGGGGCGGGUCUAUCAAAAGAAGGUCCAGAUUCUAUUGGGGUAGAGGGGUAGAGGUUUAAAUGUCAACAUUGGCUUUCAGAGAUCAUGCACCCCGCCUUUAAGACUGAAUGCGCAGGUGAACUAGUGAAAAGACUCUCUAAACAACUUUUAUCUGUCAUCUCUGUUUCUUACAGCUUCCAAAUGAGGAGAUUCAGGGAGGAAGUGCGGAGACAGAGAUUCAGACAUUAUUGCCUAAUAACAGUCAGCAGCAGUGAUCUUCCUCCAGUUUAACACCAACAAUAUUACAAACACAUCAGCAUCACAUCAUUUAUAACAUCACCCUCAUAUCAAUGAGUUUAAAUAAUCCACCUGUGUGUGCUCAUCAACCAGAGGAAAAGAUUUCCUUUUGAUUUGCAGAUACAUUUAAACAUUUCAAUAGCUUGAAUAAAUGAAGUUAAUAGAAAGGUAAGUAUAUUAUACAUAUAAUAAAAGUUGAUUGAACACAUUUGUUGUUCACGCUGAUCUACAAACAACUACUAUAAACUUUGAUAUUUAUGUUUAAACAUAAAUAAUAUCUGUAGAUCCAAUCAUUGUCUACUGCAUGUAUUAUUUGCACUGCAUGUAUUAUUUGCUGUUUCAUGUAACUUUACCAGUGCUAUAAAAACAAAUAUCUAAAUACCUAACGUUCAGUAUAUCUAACAUAUGUACUACAGCAGUAUCUCACUGACUGAUGUUUGUCAUCUUGUUGAUAUUAGUUGACAUCAAAAGUCUCUCUCCCUGUGUCCUAGUAUUCAUACUUUACUCAUAUACAGUAUGCAAAACUAUGAGUGGUUAAAUAUGUAAAUGUAAAUCUGCAGAUAAAAUUGUGUUUUAUUUUGUUAACCUGAUGAUCUGCUGAUCUUCACUUUUAGUUAGUGUCUAACCAGUGGUCAGUUUUCUAUCCCAUAAUGCCACGGGCAGAGGAGCCAUCAGAAUCAUUAAGUGAAACAAACAUAAAUAUCUGUAAACUUGAAUCAUUUGAGUGUGUUGUUGUGUAUUUGUGUUGUGUUCCUGUAGUUUAAGUGAUAGCGUGUGACGCUAGCAGCAGCUUAAUGUCUCUCUUAUUAGUCUAUUAGGGACUAUUAGCAGAUAUAGCCGUGCAUAAAUGAUUUUAUGUUUAAAUGUAUGAGCUACAUCUAACAAAAACAUUAUUCCUGUGAUUAAUAUUGCUCUGAUCAACUUAUUUUUAACAUAUAUGUAUUGAUACUAAUCACCUGUGUACAUGAAGCAUGACUUUUAUUGAGAAGUAAAUAGUGUUGAUACUCUGUAAAGUACACAGAUUCAGCUCAUGUAUCUCAUGUGUCUCAGUCUAAAGAGAGAAAGUGUUUGUGUUGAAGAAUCCAGAAAUCAGACUUUAAUGAUUCAGUGUUAUAUUGACUGAUAGAUUAUGUGUUAGACAUUAUGUUUGAUUUAGACAUUAGGUUUUCACCAGAUCACUAAAUUAUUUUAGCUUUUUUUAAAGCUUUGCCAAACGUUUAUAUUCUAAAUUAUGUGCAUUGUUUUAUUAUCAUUGUCACAAUUACUAAAUAACUACAAAUAUUAAUUUUGUUAUUAAUAAUGUUUUUUAUCAUAUAUAUUUUGUCUCAGGGAAUGUUAAUCUAAUGUCUUAAAUUUUAUUUGAAUGUAGACUGAAUCUGUUUUCAUGUUGACUCAGAUCAGAUGAUCAUCUGUACGUGCAUUAUACAAUCUUUUCGCUCUGCAUGAUGCAUAGAUUUAUAGCACUUAAUUCAAAGCUUGCACUAAACCAAAUAAUAAUAAAGUCCACUUUAAUCUCUGUCUAGUUACUGUUCUCUAAACAGUGUAUUGUAACAGCUUUUAAAUGACAAAUCACUUAAGUUAUAAUCCUCAUGUUGUUAAAUAAAAGCAUCUGAUAAAAGUCACAGUGCUGUUUUAUGUGGUGAGACAUUUUAUAGAAAUAAUCUCACUUUUACUUACUUAUUUUCUUACUUCAUUUUGCUCAUCAAGAAAAUACAUCUUAUUUUAAGAAUUUUUAGAUAUUUCUACUGAAAACAAGACAAAAAUACUAAGUAGAAAGUCAUUUUUUGCCGUGUUCAUUGUAAUAUUUGUUUAUAAACUCUUUCAGGUUCUAUGUUACAACAACAGCAGUUUUUUUUUUAAGAAAACAUACAAGGAAAUAAACAAAUAGCCAAAGACAAAGUCAUAUAUCUACUGUAUUAAUUUUGAGAAAAAUAAAUGAAUUGGUUUUGGACACAAAAUGGCGCAAAAGUCAAAUUUACUGAUUACAUUACAACGUCAAUUGAAAAUAUGUUUACUGUUGUUCGUUUAUUUGACCACAAUGAGGUGCUUUAUAUAGACGGUUAAUAAAGGCCUUUAUUAUGUACAUCCGUAAACAGUUGUUAUUUUCGACGAGCAAUAGUUGUGAAUAUCUGCUGUGGACACAAGAUGGCGCUCUACUACUGU